AUGUGCUUUAAGAGCAAAAUAGUACUAUAUAUUAAAAUGUUCUAUGGUGCAACAUAGAGAAAGUAAGGCAUCAUUGCUUCUAUACUUCUUUUCAUAGAAAAAAGAAAAGAGUGCCAGAGAAAAAGAGAGAAUUGCAGAAUAAUUAAUAAAAUUUUCUGAUCACAAGAGAUAAUGGGGGGUCUCAUGCUAAUCAAGAAAAUUGGUCUCUUCUUCCUUCUCAUAUCUGCUUCCCUUUUUUCAACUUCAUUUGCAGGUCGACAGUCGAGUUUUUUGAGCAACUUGGAUCAGGAAGAGCUGAUUGCAACUCAUGAGGAGGAGCAAUUAAGGCAUGAAAGGGUUCUUAAAAUGAACACAAAGGAUUAUGGGAGAUAUGAUCCAACACCUGCUCUAUCCAAGCCUCCUUUCAAACUCAUACCAAAUUAAUCAUGAUGUGAUAUUAUAAUUGGGGUUUGUGGAAACCCUAACUAGUUUGAGAGUUGAAUAUUGAGUUACUCUAGUACUACAUAUAUAUAUAUGUGUUACGUUACUACUAUAUAUGUUUGCAGUUAUAUAUAGUAUUGUAAGAUCGAUAUACAAAUCCUUGUAAACUUUGCUUAUAUCUUUGCAUGAGUACUGGAUGUAGUUUUCUUCGUUUCUGUAAUAUAUACUUAAUUAUCCGUGUAAUUAUUAUAUAAGAAAAUAAAUGAAUAAUGUAUCA